AUGGUGACAGAACAAGAGGUCAUUGCUGAGGAAAACUUAGAAGCUGAGACUGAUGUGAAAAUGCAAGAAAGGUGCUUUGAUCAGCAAUGUGAGAAAUGCGAACGCAUUUUGUAUUAUCUUCAUCAUGGAAAACACAUGGAUGGUUUAACCAAGAAUCAACAAUGUGAUGUUCGAGGUCAAGCGAAUACCUAUACCCUAGAUGAAAGUGAGUUUAUUUUUCUCAUUAUUGCAAACAAUUUAACUUCAUACUAUGCUCAUUUGAUGUAAAGGGCGACGAAACAAGUUUGUCGUGCAUAGCCACAGGGCACAAACAUAGUUUGUGAUUCCCCUGAGGCUGAGGAAUUCUAUUCUCAAAAGUUUAGAACAGUAAAACCCUGACUAUUAAAUCUCAUUGAGUAAUUCCGCAUUCCAUGAUCCCUUACUCCAGGAGCAUUAAAUUCCAGGGGUUUCUGAAUAAAAACUGUCCCUGAGGAAUCCAGGUCAAUACUCAAUGGUACUCAUAACCCGAAAUUCAGGCCCUAAUUUAGAAUAGGGCCUGACACAAAACCUGUCUAGACUGUGGGAUACCCACAUGUUAUUUUUAGACACAGCAUGCAAUAUGAUUGACAAUGUUGUAGAUUUCAUUGCACAAAAAAUAUUCUCAUGAACAUGUCUGUACUCCCCAGAGUGCGCUUUUUGAUUAAACUUAAAAAUUCAAGGUACUUUUAUAUAAUCAAGAGUUCAGUUUCUCUAUUUAACCGAACAGCAAACAAAGAUUUAAUUAGUUCUGCGCACGGCUUGACUGCCAAGCUUUCUCAAGGUCUCAACUUGCUGGAUGCAGAUAUACUCUAACAGGCUAACAACAGCAACAAUGAAAUUCUCAAUUGUACCAUGAAGAAGGCGAUGUAGUUCAGAAAACAACGCCGGUAGGACCUGAUAUUAAAAAUAAGACUUUUGCCAAAGCCGGUUAGCAAAACAGCAAAGUCCUUUACAUCUUGGCUGUCAACAACAAGUUUUCAAAUACACGACUAGUUUUGCUGUUCUUUCAGCAUGGCAUGUCCAAAAUUCAUCAAAGAUUUUGAUAAAGCCCUUUCAAAAUACGGUUUGUUUAAUUUAUUUUCUGCCAUAAAGCAUAUUAAGAAAAGAUAUUCGAAGAAAUUUGAUAAUGGAAUUUGAUACAUGCGUUUGACCUUUAUAAUUGUCACCUUGACUGAGUUAUUUUUAAAACUAUUGUUUAUGUCAUGCAACCAGUCAAAAUCUUUCAUGAUGCUGAUCAACCAAUCAGAUUUCCCGUCCACCAGAUGGACAGGAAUCCCAUGGUUUAGAUAGGUUUUGUGUCAGGCCCUAUUCUAAAUUAGGGCCUGAAUUUCAGGUUAUGGUACUCAGUACUGAAGAGAUCCAGCUAUCCUUGACAGGGGUAUAAGAAUACACAAGCCACAACUUCCUCUUAGUGAACUCUAUAUACUAAAUAUCUGUUAUUUAUAUCUGGAAUCACAAGGCUAUAUAGCUUCUUUGGGUACUUAUAAUAUAGAAAAAUGGAAAAAAUUUCUCAAACUCAAAUUUUGUAAACCAGAGGGGGGGAGGGGGUCUUUUCCAGCAAACUAAAAAUGGCUUGCACACAAAAUUUAAAAGCUUUAAUCAUAUUUUGAGUUGAUAGAUGGAACAUUUGUUGGGUUUUGAAUUACUGUACAAAAUUUCAGACAAUUUGCUUUAGUUUAAGCCCCUUUAACUAUUCAUUUUUCUCUAAAUAAUUAGCCUUUCGCAUGCUUAAUGAAUGCCUUUACCUAAUUUGCAUAUUGCUGACAUAUGCAAAUUAGGCAAAGGCAUUGAUUAGCAUGCAAAUGACUGAUUUUUUAAGAAAAACUGUAAGUUUGCGUGAAUGGUUAAAGGGCGUAAACUGAAGCAAAUUGUCUGAAAUGUUGUACAGUAAUUAAACACCCAACAAACUUUCCAUCUGUUAACUUAAAAUAUGAUUAAAGCUUUUAAAUUUUGUGCGCAAACCAUUUUUUAGUUUGUUGGAAAAGACACACACCCCUGGUUCACAAAAUUUGAGUUCGAGAAAUUUUUUCCAUUUUUCUACAUUAUAAGUACCCAAAGAAGCUAUAUACAUAAACUGGAUACUAAUAGCUGUUUUGCAAAUUUAAGAGCAAAUUUCAAAUCUGUGCACCCUGUAUUAUAAAAUUUUGAAAAAAAAAAAAUCCCAGGCUUUUGGACAAUUACACACCCAUUGUCAGGAGAUACCUGAAAAAGAUAUAUCGUUCUGCCUUAACAACUCUCUCCUUCCUUGACAAAUGACUAGUAGAUCGUCUGGCAUUAGGCAUUAAAAUGUUGAAGUAGGGCAGAUAGUGUGUUUAAAUGCAAUGCGAGUUUAAAUGGUUAUUAAAAACCAGAAAUAAAUUGCCCAUCACAUUAUAAUUUUUGUAAUGAUUUUAGAUGCGGUGCCCCUUCACACCUACUAUCUGAUCAAGGCAGAGAAUUUGUGAACAAGAUCAAUCAUGCAGUUUGCAAGGAAUUUGACAUCAAACGAUCUGUGACUAGUGCUUAAUUAUCACCCGCAGACAAAUGGCCUAGAUGAACAAACAAACCAGACAUUGAAGCAGCAUUUGUCCAAAAAAAUCAAUUAACAUCAAAACAAUUGGUGUGACUUCUUAGAAGAGGUUGAGUAUUCCAUAUACACACAAAAACAAGCCACAACCAAAUACACAACAUUCUAUCUGAUGUUUGGUCGACAUCCAAAUUCACCUCAAAUUAAAUUAACUGUUUAUAUUGUUAAGAUGACUGUUCCUUUUGUUGCCCCUGACCAACCUGAAGAAAGUUUGGAUGAGCAAGUAUCAGAAAGAAAGGCUUUAUAUGAAGUGAUACAAGAGCAGGUAUGUUGUGUUAGAAAUGAAUGUUUUUGUUAGAUAUUAAAGUGCCUAUAUCACUUGUGGGACCUUUAUGGAUUUGAACAGAGCAUAAAAAUUUAGUUAAUAAGUUCAAAAGAUUUUUUUGAUUUAGUGCAAUAAUUUCAAAGAUACAGGCCUCUACACUUCCUACGGUUCCUGAGUUCCAUGCUCCUAUGCACAAUGGACCGUUUGGAAAAAGGGUUAUGGAACAGAUGGGCAAUUUGUCGACGCUGAGCAAAAAAGCGGCUCAUUUCUUCUUGAGUUGCCAUUUUUGCGUCGAAGAGCAAAAAUAUAGACUUUCGGAGAAUGCUGUUUACUAUCAAAAUAGCUGUUUACUAUCAAAUAUGUUUGUGAAACAGUUGAUAAUCUCACUGAGGAAGGCCAACGGUUUUUGAAAAGCUAAUAAUAAACUAGAAUAAACUAUAUUUUCACUGGGGAAACAUGAACUAUAUGGAUAUUUACAUCAACACUAAAUUUUGCUCGUGCCUAUACAGAGCUAGUUGGAUUAAAACAGAUGUUAAGAAGUAAGUGAAAAUGUGAAUUUUGUGAAUUAUACUUUCAUUAAAAUGUUUCAGAAGGGCUGCUAAUGUCAAACUACACAUGUGACAGAGCUGUCAGUAUACCCAUAUUUCAAUAUUUAUGUUGAAAUGACCCAUCUUCUUUGAGGUAUAGCUUAAAAAUUAGGGUAUGCUCAUCACUGGAAACUAGCUUUAAAUCAAAGUUUUAUCUAUAGUCUUUUUAUUGCUGUUGGCGGUGGCGUUGCUGUUGUUGUUGUAGGAAGUUGAUCUCGCUUCCCUACAGAUAGCUAUUGAAUAUUCACAAAUAUAUUGGGCUUAUUAACUUGCCAAUUAUCAGAUUCUGCAUUGGCCAGUAUUGGCCUACCAGUCUAACAAUUCCUGGUAUGUGGAGCCAAGGAGGUUUAUGAAGUUUGGGAUUUUUGGCCCCAUAUUUAACAUCUUUGACAUUCUUUCAUAUAGGUACCUACCUAUAUAAGUCAAAAGGUGGAUUUGACUAGGCACCACAGAAGUAAACAUCCGGACAGUGACAAAGCAACAUCCCAACAGUGGACGUAGCUCUUUUGGAAAAUUCUUCAAAAGAAAUUGUUGACAAAUUGCGCAAGGAGAAAUUUUAUGGGGAAACGAUUUUAACCGCCACAUCGAGUGUAAAACCGAGUAUGGAAUUUCUUGGUUUCGUCAGAACAAUCUUCAGCAAUUUUUGUCGAAAACGCAACCAAUAUGCAUUAUCAGCCGCUUUCUACAAGGAGAUAUACAGUAAAUUCCCUUCAUGCAAAGAUCAGAAGGCUAUAAUUUGGUAUUAAUUUGGAAGUUAGUUGGCCAUUACAAGCAUGCUACUAGUAAUGCUACAGGAGAAGAGGUGAUUAUUUUGAAUAGUCUAGGUUUAAAACUUAAGAUAUUAAAUAUUGUAUUUAUAGAGUAUAUAAACUAAGGGGCCGAUUACAUGGAGCAUUUUCAACUCCAGGGUUUAAUUCAGCCCUGUUUACCUGAGCUCAUACAAAGCUGUUCGUCGUUUGGAAAUUGUCCUACACUAUAGACUGUCAGCUGCUUUGAAACUGUCUGUUUCCCUUGUUAAACUAUUUCUCUUUAUUAUUGUAGGUUGCUAGCAGGAUCACUAUAAAUCCUGAAGAGCUGGGCCCACUCUCGUAUGUUGCAGGAUAGGUUAUUUGAGCACUGUAUCAAAAGAGUAACAAUUCUCCACAAUGGAACUCAACACGUUCAAUAGAACUUCAGUCACUACUGCAGUCUGUAAAGGAAGAUGUCAAAGAUGACACAUACAUCGAAUCUAUAUCCAGAGGUGGUUUGUGGACCCCAAAUGAACAUAUAAACUGCAUUGCUGAAAAUGCUGAAUAUGUAUUUUGCAAGCACCUAUUACACAGUAAGAAGUCUGUGAUUACGGCCAUUCCAACAGACAAGAUUGUUGAUGAGUUCCUUGCCCUACUCGUAUACUAUAAUAAAUAUUCCCAUUAUACCAUCCAUUAUUUGUUGAAUUAUAUAAAAAAAAAAUGUUGUGCAGAAGGUCGAGCAGUGAGAAAGCUCGAGAGAACUUGAACAAGCACUGAUCAACCAACGGAACUGGGAAGGAGAUUUUUAAGAAUCUAUGUAUUCAAAUGAUUGAGUGAAAAAGGAGAUAUGGCUAUAUAGAAAUAAAUCAUACACUAUAUUAUUCUCAAUAUUUAUGAAUAUGGGACCUUAGUCUAGCCUGAAAAAUAAAUAAUGUAGCAGCUUCGGUUAUAUAUUUAUCUAGCGAGUUCCAAAACAAUGAUCCACUGUGUUUAAGGGUUAAUUUUCUUGUUGUUGUUCUGACUUUGUUGAUAUGAACUCUGUUGGCAUUCCGCGUCUCGUAAGAGUGAAUAUCUUUGUUAAGGAUGAAGUAAUUCCUAAAAUGUUGCGGGAAAAUUGAAGACUUGUCUAAGCAUCUAUACAUAAAAGAACCAGUUUGAAAUUUAUUAAUGGCAUAAACAUCAAGUAACUUGAAUUUUGUAAAAAAAAGUGGUUCAGUAGGAUCUCAAUAUCCAGCAUUAGCAAUAAUACACACUACACGUUUUUGCAAUUUCAUGAUUUUAUCAAGAUUAGUAGGGUAUGUUUUAGCCAAAACUAUAUUACAGUAUUGUAUAUAUGGUAACACCAAGGAGCAAUAUAAAGUUCUUCUGGUGGGGCUAGCAAUAAAAUGCUUUACUUUAUUUAUGAUGCCAAUAGAUUUUGCCAUCUUUAGGGCAACAUGUGAAAUAUGUGGUUUCCAGUCUAAAUGUUUGUUUAUAUAAGUUCCAUGAAAUUUAGUGGUAGCUUAACUUUUGAUUUUUAUAGAGUCAAUAAACACAUUUAAAUUGUCUCGACUUGGAAUGGGUUUAUUUCUUGCACGAAAAAGUAUAUAGUUCGUUUUCUUUAAAUUGAGCGAAAGUUUAUUUGCUUUAAACCAGUCCGACAGUUUAUCAAGUUCACAAUUAAUUUUGCCGAUAAGUGUGGCAAAGUCUCUGUCGGAAUGAUAUAAACUAGUAUCGUCAGCAAACAGACGAAAAUUGAGAAGAUUAGAGCAAUCGGCAACAUCGUUCACCCGAUUAGCGUGUUUGACGCCGGCUGACAGCCGGAAAUUUUGUCUCCGAUUGCUCGGCUGCCAGCCGGGCUUUACUAUAGUAUACUAUUCGUUCAAAAAAUGUGCGCAUUUCGGAGACUGGUUCUAGAAUGUUUCAUAAGCAGAAAACCACCAAAAUUACAUUAAUUUUAACGAAAAUCAUCGAAAUGCAUCUAAAUUCAUCUUCCCAAUGCAUAUAGCUAGCUAUGCGACAGGUAAAUAAGCAAGAAAAAAAAUUUCGGCAAAGAGAAAAUUCAAAUUGCUUGCGCGCACUCCGGGAUUGAACCCACGACCCUCAGCAUACACGCUGAGUGUUGUCCCCUUGCGCUACCAUGUCUUAUACGGAAAAUAUGUUAAUUAAUUGUAUAUAUACAGUUAUUCUUAGCCAGGGCGAUUUAUGAUUGCAUAAAUACAUACACCAUUGUACAUGGCCAAGGUACGUACAGUAGCAGCCGAGCCAUAUCUACUCUUCCAAUACAUCACGGCAUAGAUCACAGCUACCAGCUGGGGUUAUUUAAUUGUAAUACAAUACUACAAUGCAAUACGAGAGUCAGCCGAGCCUGUCGGUAGUAUACUAUUGUAUACUACAAUACAUCACGGCUACCAGCCCGCAAUAUGGCUAUCAGCCGGGCAUGUCUGUAGUAUACUGUAGAAUACUACAAAACAUCACGGCUACCAGCCGGGGUUAUUUAACUGUAAUAAAAUACUACAAUGCAAAACAAGUGUCAGCCGAGCCUGUCGGUAGUAUACUAUAGUAUACUACAAUACAUCGCGGCUACCAGCCGGCAAUACGGCUAUCAGCCGGGCGUGUCUGUAAUAUACUAUAGUAUACUACAGACAUGCGGCUGAUAGCCGUAUUGCCGGCUGGUAGCCGUGAUUAUCGUAUUUAGUAUACUACAGACAAGCCCGGCUGAUAGCCGUAUUGUCGGCUGGUAGCCGUGAUUAUCGUCGUAUACUACAGUAUACUACCAUUAGGCUUGGCUGACAGUUGUAUUGCAUUGUAGUAUUGUAUUACAGUUAAAUAACCCCGGUUGGUAGGCGUGAUGUUUUGCAGUACACUAUAGUAUAGUAUACUACAGACACGCCCGGCUGAUAGCCGUAUUGCCGGCUGGUAGCCGUGAUGUAUUGUAGUAUACUACCGACAGGCUCGGCUGACACUCGUAUUGCAUUGUAGUAUUGUAUUACAAUUAAAUAAUAACCCCAGCUGGUAGCUGUGAUCUACGCCGUGAUGUAUUGGAAGAGUAGAUACGGCUCAGCUGCUACUGUACAUACCUUGGCCGUGUACAAUGAUGUACGUAUUUACACAAUCAUAAAUCGCCCUUGGCUAAGAAUAACUGUAUAUAUACAAUUAAUUAACAUACUUUCUGUGUAAGACGUGGUAGCGCAAGGGGACAACACUCAGCAUGUAUGCUGAGGGUCGUGAGUUCGGUCCCGGAAUGCGCGCAAACAAAUUUGAAUUUUUCUUUUUGCCGAAAUUGGUUUUUUCUCGUUUAUUUACCUGUCGCAUAGCUAGCUAUAUGCAUUGGGAAGAUGAAUUUAAAUGCAUUUCGAUGAUUUUCGGAAAAUUUAAUGUAAUUUUGGUGGUUUUUUGCUUAUGAAACAUUCUAGAACCAGUCUCCAAAAUGCGCGCAUUUUUUGAACGAAUAGUAUACUACUAUAGUACAACCCGGCUGGCAGCCGAGCAAUCAGAGACAAAAUUUCCGGCUGUCAGCCGGCGUCAAACGCGCUAAUCGGGUGCAUCGUUAAUGUAAAGAAGAAAUAAAAGUGGUCCAAGGAUAGAACUUUGGGGAACACCACAUGUUACAGUCAUUUUUGAGGAGACCGUCUCACUAAAUUUCACAGUUUGUUUCCUAUCACUUAAAUAAUCUUUAAACCACAUAAGAGGAGUACCUCUGAUACCGUAAUGGUUUAGUUUACUUAUAAGAAUUUUGUGGUCCACAGUAUCAAACGCUUUUGAUAAAUCAACAAAUAUGCCUAUAGUAUAUUCAUUGUUAUCAAUCUAAUGAGAGAGACUAUCGAUUAGUUCAAUUAAAGCCAUAUAAGUUGAGUAAUUCCUUCUGAAACCAUACUGAUUGCUGGAUAGGAUAUUCAUUUUAUCCAAGUAUGUUAAUAAUCUGUUGUAAAUAAUUCUUUCCAGGGCCACCCAGACACUUUUGGGGGCCCGGGGCAAAAUUCUCAUUGGGCCCCCCCCCCCCACACACACACACACACACACACAAGCGGCUGACAUUGGUAUGCUUACAAAAAUCCUUAGGGCAACACAAAUCUGUGGAAAUAUGCUUUGAAGUCCUUUCUCGUAAAUCUUGUUAAGCAACUGAAGAGAUGACAAUUUACCAAACAAAUUGUCAUUUUGCUUCAAUUUAUUGAGUAGACGAAGUUCUUCCAUGAUUUGGUCUUCAUUUAAAUCAUUUGGAUAGAAUUUUGAGAGAUUACAACAAUAGUUUUUGGCUUUGCAAGUGUUUUCGACGUCCUCUGAUAGUGAUUGGUCGGAAAGGAAGGAAAACAUGUUGUUCAAUUGUUCACUUGUUUCAAAUCUGCGCGUCACUUCACUAAUUACUGUAUCUAAUUUCACAUUAAAGACGUUUAUUCUAAACAGCGCUUCGUUGUUUUGUACUUCCCAUUCGUUAUCCCGGUUUUCGUCAAAAAAUGCCUUGCGUAUUUGUCGUCGUUUUUCCUGAAACUGUUCAGUAAGGCCCAAAGCACCAGCAACAAGCUUUGAUUCCUGAAGGAUAACAUUCCAACCUUCACAUAUGCGCUUUAAAUCAUCUUGAAGAGAUUUAAUUAGACGCAAUUCUUCGUCAAUUGUAAUUCCAGAACCUUGAAGCAACAAACUAACAUCAUUAAUGGCUUGCAACACUUUAAACCAAAAACUAACCAGUAAAGUAUAUUCAAACGAGCUUAACCAUUCGCUGAGAGUGUCCACAUCAUUACACAAAUCAGGAGGCAAAUCAUGUUCCUUCAGGCUGUCUAAAGCUUCUAAAAUUUCUCUGGGCCUCUUUGGUAGCGGCUUUACAGCCUCAAUUCUAGCACUCCAACGUGUAACCGACAAUUUAUGCAGUGAAAUAUGAGCAAUUUCUUGCAAAAUUUUCCAGCAAGAUGGACUGAAACUAAACAAUUUGUACAGUUUUUGAAUAUUCCCAAAAAACUUUUUCACAACAUUAUUAGACUCAGCGGCAUGAACUCCACAAAGAUUAAGCGUGUGUGCACUGCAAGGAGAGAAAACAGCCUGGGGAUUCUUUUCCCGGAUUAAUGCUUGAGCUCCUUGGUAACAACCUGACAUAUUUGAUCCAUUGUCAUAUCCUUGACCUCUACAAUUCUUUAGCUGAAUAUCGUGGUUUUUAAGCACUUUACAUAUCAGCUCUGCAAUAUCACACCCUUUCUUCUUCUCACAGUCUUUCAUCUCUAAAAAUCGUUCACAGACUUCCCAGAGAUUUUUCUCAUUUAGAUGUGCAUAUCUUAGAAUGUAAUCUGUUCAGUAUGUGAUGUAUCUGGUGUACCAUCUACGAUAAUACUGUAGUAAAGUGCUCUCUUUACUUCAUCAAUAAUGGCAUUAAUUACAAUCGCUGCACACUCUUCAAUGAACUCAUUCUGUGAGCGCCAUGACAGAUAGUGUGCUUGCAUUCGAGUUUCAGUCUCUUGGUGUUUUUUGACUUCAUUAAGGUGCAUUUUAAGCACUUGAUUAUGACCACUAAGUAACUCCAAAUUCCCGAGGAAAAGUCCAUUGUUUGGAUCAUCUAGCUUGAUGGUGGAGCCACGAAAUGGAAGAUUUCUUUCAGACAAAAACAAAACGACGUCUAAAAUGCAUCUAAAAACCUCACGCCAAUUUUGCCAUCUCAGUAGCAAAUUGUUUUUGAAGACUAUUGUCAAUUCCAACCGAUUCAUUAAGAUUUUUUUCAAGAUCUUUCCAAGUUAAAUAGCAGGUGAUAUGGGCAGAAUUUCGCUGGUGUGUCUCAAUCUUUUCAUACAAUUUCCUCCAAUUGUCCUUGACUCCUGCAUCACUUCUUGUUAGUUGUGAGGGUUGUGACCUUUUUUCCUGUUGUGAUAAAUCUUGAAAUAGACAGCAAGCAAAGCAAAAAUAGUCCUUGUGCAGAUGAACUCCAUACAAGCCAAUCUCGUUUUACUUUCUCGCCAUUCGGCAACUCUUGAAAAAAUAUGCUUGUUGGAAAAAAUAUGCUUGUUCUUCAGAUUGCUGACCUUUACUGUCAUCAAGAUUAGAUAUUUGUUGAUCUGUAGAUGAUUCCUGAUUUUCAGUUAAACUUGUACUUGUGGUUGGUGUAGUAGCCAUGUCAGAGUGGUCAUAUAUAUUUAUACUGGUUUCACUUUCUUGGUCCAUGCUAAUAUUAUGUAAUUCAGUGUCAGUUCAUUACUUGUAGUAGUUUUUAUGCACCAAUUAAGAUCUUUGAGUGUUCGCCGUGUUUUUGCUUCAUUUUCAAGUCGGGCUUCACGUUGUUUACGCUUCAUUGCUCCUGACAAAUAUGACCGUUUGGACGCCAUUUUAUUUUUUAAUUUUGUUUGCGCUAGAACGUACUAAAUAAAAAAGGCAGCUGAUCCCUGCAUGUAACUGCAGUCUGGAGCACCCAACGUCCACAACAUCUACAGGGCCACAGGGGUAUAUGUGAAGGUGAGGUUCAUGGUAAAUACAGAACUUAAUUCUAAAAUCACUUUGGAGAUUUAUUAUUUUUGUGGAAAGAGGAGUAUAUACUAAUAUACAAAUACUUAAAUGUCCAUACUUGUAAAAGUAUUCACUUCCCUAUCAUUUGAUUUACAAAUCAUUCAAAUUCUUUGCACAGCGAUAUUUUUUCCUAUAGUAUUUUUGGGGCCCCCCGCAAACCUGGGGCCCGGGGCAAAUUGCCCCCCCCCCCUCUGGGCGGCCCUGAUUCUUUCCAAUAUUUUUGAAAAUAUUGGAAGAAUGGAAAUUGGCCUAUAGUUACCAAAAGAUUUACGGUCAUCAGAUUUGUAAACAGGGGUUAUCAUAGCCUCUUUUAAUUUGUCAGGCACUCUGCCAGUAUUCAUGGAUUUAUUGAAAAUAUUUGACAAAAUAGGAGCUAAUGGUCCAGCAAGUUGUUUAACUCAUUAACGCCCAAUGCGCCCGUAUGCGCCCUGAGAUUGACAAGUGGGUAACGGACAAUGCACCCGAAUGCGCCCUGGCAUGACACCUUAACUUGCGGGCAUGAUAUUUGAGCAAGUGUUUAUCGGGUUGCCUAGCAACGGAUACGAAAAUAGAAUGUGAAAUUCGAGCUUUUCAACGGUGUAUCAUGUUACAAUAAUUAGCUCAUUACGUAUCAAAUAUCACUUGUAUUAAGUUUUAGUAAAGACAUAUCAAAAACUACUGUCUGUGAUUUCAUCCGAUAAAUAAAGACUAUUGAAACAUGGUGGCAGCGUAACGCCCACGCUUACAAGAAUAUUAAGAAGACAAGAAGACCCAGCCAGCGUCAAACAAAGCAUGGACGAGAAUUCAGAUGUGCCACAAGCAAGCGCAACCGCACCGAUUAUUCAAGGAAUAACACCGCCAAAAGCCCUCGACAUCACUCAUGGUAAUAUAGCAGAGAACUGGAAAAAUUACAAACAGGUAUGGCAGAACUACGCUAUUAUUACAAAUCUAAAAGCCCAGACAGAGCAAUACCGCGUAGCACUGUUUUUACAUUGCAUUGGCCCCGAAGCAUUGAAAGUCUAUAAUGGGAUGCAAUUUGCCGACGAGACAGAGCGCAAUACUCUGGCCAGCAUACAUAAAAAAUUUGACGAAUUUACUAUCGGGGAGGUAAACGAAACGUAUGAACGAUACAUAUUCAAUGGUAGAAACCAAGGCCAAGAUGAAUCGAUAGAGGCUUAUAUAGCCGCGCUAAGAACCCUAGCGAAAACGUGUGGUUUUUGUGAGUGUUUAGCUGACAGCCUACUCAGAGAUAGGAUCGUCUUAGGAAUACACAAUAACAGUUUGCGCAAACGACUCUUGCAAGAGCGAAAUCUAGAUCUCAAGAAGUGUAUUGAUUUGUGUCGUAGUAGCGAAGCCGCAGCAUCGCAUCUUAAGAACAUUUCUGGUAGCAAUAACACUAUACAUGAUGUUAAUAAAGUUCAUGAACAUGCUGGACGUAAUUUGAAACCUGUUAGACAACAAAACUAUGAUCGGAAUGCCAGGAAUGACGGAAACAAAAAGCAAGCAAUUACAGCGAUAGAUUGUAAAUUUUGUGGCCGAAAUCACCCCAGAAAAAAGGAACUUUGUCCCGCCUGGCAAAAGCGUUGCCAAAAGUGCAAUGGUCGCAAUCAUUUCGCAGCCGUCUGCGGUAAAACAAUUUCGCGCGGAGGUGUGAACUACGUAUCCGAGCAACGCGAUGACAGCAGCGAUGACAGCAGCGAGUAUGAGUUUCUUGCGGGUAUCACUGAAGAGCCGGUUAUCAAUGCAGUAAAACAAACGUCUGGUUUCGCCAAAGAAGUUUACACUGAGAUGAAAAUCAAUGACAAAAAGAUAAAUUUCCAAAUUGACUGCGGCGCAUCAAUUAAUGUUAUUACAGAGUGUUACGCAACAGGGAGCAACAUUAUACCAUCCAAUAAAACUUUGAAAAUGUGGAAUGACUCGGAACUAAAACCCCUCGGAACAACACGCUUGAUAGUCAGAAACCCCAAAACCAAGAAAAAGUACUCGAUUGAAUUUGUUGUUGUUCCAGACACCCUGACACCACUGAUAGGUGCAC